UGCACCACAUUCCCUCUCCUUCCAGCAAAAAGACUCUCUCCUCUGCAGCCCAGCUAUGACGUCCUUCAGCAGCCGUAGUUUUAUGUCUUCUGGUGGGGGCUUAGGUGGAAGCAUUCGGGGUGCUUCUCUAGGAGGCAUGUCUCGGUCAUCUGGGAUGUUCAGUGGAGCCGGUGGCCGCAUAAGUGCCAUGCGUUCUGGCAGUGUGUAUGGGGGUGCAGGAGGCCAUGGGGUCCGUAUCUCCACUGCGGCUGGUGGUGGCGGUGGAGCAGGCUUUGGCGUUUUUAGUGCUGGAAGUGGUGGUGGAGCAGGAUUUGGCUUUGGUGCUGGCUCUGGAGGAGGCUUUGGAGGAGGCGAUAUGGACCUCAACGUGACCGUCAAUGAAAAAGCAACCAUGCAGAACCUGAACGACCGCCUGGCAUCUUACCUGGAGAAGGUGCGCUCCCUGGAGAAGGCCAACGCAGAUCUCGAGCUGAAGAUCAGACAGUUUCUGGAGAGCAAAACCUCACCUUCUGCGAGAGAUUACUCUGCCUACCAGGCCACAAUCAGCGACCUGCAGGAUAAGAUCCAAGAUGCCACUCGUGUUAAUGGAGGAGUCUACCUAGCCAUCGAUAAUGCAAAAUUGGCUGCUGAUGACUUCAAGACCAAGUAUGAGAAUGAGUUGGCCAUGCGUCAAUCUGUGGAAGCAGAUAUUGCUGGGCUGAAGAGACUCCUUGAUGAGUUGACAUUGGCAAGAUCUGACCUGGAGAUGCAGAUUGAAGGCUUAAAGGAGGAACUUAUCUUCCUCAAGAAGAACCAUGAGGAGGAACUGGCAUCCAUGCGCAGUCAGAUGACUGGUUCAGUGAAUGUAGAGGUGGACGCAGCUCCUCAGGAGGAUCUGAACCGUGUGAUGAGUGAGAUCCGUGAGCAGUACGAGGCAGUUGCUGCCAAAAACCGACGUGAACUAGAGACCUGGUUCCAAACCAAGUCAGAGACACUGACUAAGGAGGUCGCGGCCAGUACAGAGACCCUCCAAGUGUCCAAGACUGAAAUCACUGACCUCAGACACACCCUUCAAGGCCUGGAGAUCGAGUUACAAUCUGAACUCAGUAGAAAAGCGGGGCUUGAGGGAACUCUUGCGGACACAGAAGCACGAUACUCCAUGAAGCUGGGUCAGCUACAGGCUCAGGUUACAAGUCUGGAGGAGCAGAUCGUUCAGCUCAGAGCCGACAUAGACAGACAAUCUCAUGAAUACAAAAUGCUGUUGGACAUCAAGACCCGGCUGGAGAUGGAGAUCGCAGAGUAUAGGAGACUGCUGGAUGGAGAAGCAAGCAGCAUUAUCACUAGUGGAGGAGGAGGAGGAGUGAGCUCUACCACUACCGUCAAGGUGAAGACCAUUGUGAAAGAAACUGUUGAUGGGGAAGUGGUGUCAACUACUUCAAAAUAAACACCAUCCUACAUAAUACACUGCCCAUCUACACCUGUCAGACCAGUUUUCAGGCCUUGUGGUCCACUGUUGUUGAGAAUAAAAUCAGUGAUGCCGCAAAA